CCUCGACCUUGUGCAAAAAGCGUUUCGCGCUGCGAAAGUGGCAUUGGAGGAGGACCUGCCGAAACUGAGAGAAGAACGCGAACGAGAACUCCAGAAGAAGCAAAAAGAGCUGCAAAAACUCCGGACCGAUGGAGGCGCAUCGGCGGAGGGGGAUAAGGAGAAGAAAAAAAAACAAAAAGAUCUUGGAGGCAUCGAACAAGAGGUGAG